AGGAGAUAGUGUCUGAUAUAAGAAAAAUAAAUGAACAACAAUGAAGACAAAGAAAUUAUACACGGAUGAAAAGUACAACGUGGUGGCGGUACGAGGGAAGCUGUCAGUGGAAGUCGAGCAGAAGAAGAGACUUGGAGCAUGGGGAAAGAGAGUACUGGUUCUAGAUGGCGCCACUCUCUACGCCUAUAAGCUCAAGGGCGAGGGCGGCAGCGUGGGCGGGUGGUCGGUGGGUGGGGCUGAGGUGCACGUGGGGAAGAGCAGCGAUGAGGGGCGCCACCUGCUUGUCAUCUCACGCCCACCUCUCUACAAGCUCACCUUCUCCUUCACCACCACGUAUGAGCAGUCCAGAAUGAUUCAGGCUCUCUCCUCCUCGGGCGCCACAGUGACGGGCCUGGACGCCAUCAUGCUGCUGAAGAACCUGAGGAAGAAGCAGGAGGAGGAGGAGGCGGAGGAGGAGAGGAAGGAGGUGGAGAAGAGGAGGACAAUGGAAGAAGGACUUGUGGUGCAAACUCUUCCUAUUCCUGAUUAUUUCGGAGGAGGAGGAGGAGGAGGAGGAGGAGGAGGAGACCAACGACGAGAAGAUGUAGUGGAUAAAGGAGAACUGAUAAGCGAAGAACAAAAAAAAAAUUUACCCAACAAGGAAGAGAAAGAAAAAAUCAAAAAGGAGAACGAAAAUAAGGUGAAGGAGGAGGAAAAGAAGGAGGAGGAAGAUCAGGAGGAGAAGGAGGAAGAGAAUGAGGGGGCCCACCAAGCCAUACACACGAGAAAUGACUCACUUUUACCUCACCAGAAAAAACAGACAGAAGACACGCGGUCACAAAAAGAGAAAGAGACAGAGAAGGAGGAGGAGGAGGAGGAGGAGGAAGAGAAGGGGAGAUUUAAACCAAGCACCCACGACACCCACGCUACAGUCAACCCCUUUUAUGAGGCUUCCAAUACCUUCAACACGCCGCAGAAGACACAGGAAGACACCACUAACGAGAUAGAUGGUUAUGUUAAUCCGCUGCCAAAGCCCCCUCGUGCAAGGCCCCGCGAGGGAAGCCAAGCAGAGGACACACUCACUCUAACUUCUGUCACUCUUAAGCCAGGCAGCGUUGAUGGAGUAGCUCAAGAGGUUGUGAGAGGCAGAAGCGAGGUGGCGUCAGGCGAAGGGAGUGAGGUGACCAGUGAGAGAAAAGAAGAGAGGCUUAAUGUUCUCUUAACUGCACAGGCCGCUGAGGAGGAAGAAGAGGAGGAGGAGGAAGAGGAGGAAGAGGAAGAAAUCAGUGGUUUUUACAGUGUUACUCCUGAAAGUGAUGAUGAGGUGAAUAAAGAAGACAGUGAAGGUGGUGACAAUACAGUGCUCAGUGAUAGCCAGACAACACCACGAGACACCGAGACACCCAUAAACACCACCAAAACAGAUCAAAACACCACAAACACCACAACCAGCCCCCAAAACACCACAAACACCACCAAAACACACUCAAACACCAAAAACACCCCAGACAACACCACCAAAACACACUCAAACACCAAAACCAGUCCCCAAAACACCACAAACACCACCAAAACACACUCAAACACCGAAGCACACAUCAAGACACCUUCACACACCAAGAAAGACUCAAACCAGGAAAGCUACAGUGAACUAGUUAGCAAAAUGAGGCUUGAUCGCAGCUUCUCCCUUGACACACAAUCAUUAGGGUCAGCUCCACCUUCUCUACUGCCAAGCCCUAGUGAUGAAGUGGCCCUGGAUACCCCUAGCUCCUCCUCCAGCCUGUCUCCUACCCCUGGACACCCCAAGAGCCCUGACAGCGGGUACAGUGAAGAUAAGGACGAUAAAGAUAAGAUAUGGCACGGAGAGUUGACAGAUAGUGAAGAGCAGUUUGAAAGGCUAUACAAAGAGUUAAGUAGUGAUGUGGUGGAUGAUGAAGGGGAAAAACAAGAGGAAAAACAGAGACAGCAAGGGGAAGAGCAAGGAAAGGAAGGGGAAAGGCGAGGAAAGGAAGAGGAAAAACAGGGACUUCAAGAGGAAAGGCCACAGAAACAGCAGGAGAGAGUAGACGAAUGGGAAAAGUCGCUGAGUGUUUCGUCUGAGCAGCAACACAAGCCUGAAGAAAACGAGGUAUUGUCAUCGCUGAAAGGAAAUGAUAACGAAAACAAACGAAAUAUGCUAAAGUUACCCCUGAAAUCCGUCACUCCUCGCAGGAAAACGAGCAGAAAUUACAGAAAAUGGACGAAAAUGCACUCGAAAAACCAUUGGGAGAAAAGGAAGACCACAACGAAAGGGAAAAGGAAACUACCCCAGUCACCCAUGCAAAUAAAAAUCCUCACCUGGAUCCGCCAAGAAUUAGAGAAAACGGAGCUAAAAAGAACAAACUCAAUAAUAAAAAAGCGAGACAAGGACACGAACCACACCAGCACCACGAAAAAAGUACAAUUUGACCCACACGUGAAGAGCAUUGAACCAACAACACCACCACCACCACCACCAGUAAAAGAAAACGUCAGCAGAGUAAGCCAACGAGAAAAAACAAGUGUCCUUUCAGCGCAGACUCAAAAAGACUCAAAUGUACAAAGAAAGGAGGGGAGGGAGAGAAGGACCUCAUCACCAGCAUCACCAACACGAAGGAAGCCACAGGGGACGAUACAAGACAGGAGGAAGGUUGCAAGUGAGCCGCUGACGAGGAAAAGAGGGGGCGCGUCUCCUGUCACUAAACCAGGGCAGAGAUUGACAGAGAAAGGGAAGGAGAGGAAGGAAAAGACAGAGAUAGCGAGAAAAAUAGAUGGAAAAACGGAUAAAGUGGAUGAUAGCAAGGUAGAUAAGAAGGGAGAUACUGAGAAAGCGGAUGAUAAAGGGAAAGAUAAAGAGAACAGGGUAAAUAAUGAGAAGAAAGAGAAUAUUGAGAAAACUGAGGAGAAUAUUGAAAAAGAGAAGGAAAGGAAGGAAGAAACACAAAAACACGAAAGCAGGGAAGAGGAAAAGAACGAAAACAAGAUAGAGAAAAGGGAAGACAAAGAGAACACACAAAAACAACAAGAAGAAAACGAAAUGAAAGAGAGAGAAGAGAUAAGAGAUGAAAAUACGAAGAAAACUGAAAAUAGAAGUAACAAGACGAAAGUAGAAAGUGAAAACAAGAAAAUAGACACCACCACCACCACCACCACCACCACCACCACCACCACCACAACAACAACAACAACAAGCCCUCUACAACCCAAGAGACAGCCUACACUUGAUUUACAGGCACCACUUAUUAUUAGCGGACAAGUGGAGAUAGCAGGAAGCGUGGCAGGGAGAUUAAGCAGCAGGAGAGUGGAGGUGAGGGACGGUCAUCUCCUCGCCUUCAUCUCCCGCGCCUCCACUCCCUCAUCACGUCUCCCUCUUGCUGGUCUCUCCGUCAUCCCCGUGCUUGGAGGAGGAGGAGGAGGAGGAGGAGGAGGAGGAGGAGGAGGAGCGUCACUUAUUCUCUCCCGUGCGUCGCGUUGCAUGAUGGUACUCAAGCUAAGUUCACGGGAGGAGAUGAUGCGAUGGAUCCACACACUAUCUGACGAGGUACUAAGAGUCACCCCUGAGGAACACCUGAAGGGCCUUACUCUUUACCCUUCACCUGAGGCACGACGUGGGGAGAAGAAGGAAGACAAACGUGAGGAAGAGGAGGAAGAGGAGGAAGAAGAGGAAGUAGAGAAGAAGGAAAUGGACAUACAAACUGAGGAAACACGUAAAGAGAGAGAAAACUCAAAUGAAAGCGAUAUGGUGAAGAAAACGGAGGAAUUGACAAAAGAUGCAGGUCCCCCCUCCUCGAGUACUCAAAGAAAAUCAAAACAAGUCAUUACAGAAAACCAGCAUUUAAUGGGUAACCAAACUAAACCUGAAAACACUCGAGAUGACAUCAAAUCUUCUCCUUCAUUCCUGGAACACCUCAACAAAUUUAAGGAGCAGCAGAGAAAAACAGAAAGAGAACAGAGAGAGAUUAAGAAGGACAACACCAAGAGAACAGCGGAGAAGAUAACAGCGCUGAUAAAGAAAGUGGAGGAAGGAAGUGGAAGGAAAACAGAAGAGAUAGAGAAGGAGAAGGUGGAGGAAAAGCUUACCCAUCAUCCACCAUUGCGACGCCUCUCUGCCCCGGUGAAACAAGAGAAGGGAGAAGAUGAGGUUGAUAAUUACUUGCUAGUCAAUAUAUUACCUGAAAAACAUACCACAACCACUAAACCUACCACCACCACCACCCCCACCACUACCACCAAGUCACAAACCACUGUCCCAACCACUACCACAACUAAACCAGGUACCAAGAAGCAACACCACCACCACCACCACCACCACCACCAACACCAGGCCGCAACUACCACCCCACCAUCAUCACACCGCCACGCUAACUGUUUCCGCCCUAACAAACCUUUAAGCAGUUUCAGCAGGUCGAUAAGUGGCAGUCAUUCCUCCCUAACUCAAGAUGACAGGCGAACACACACAGGUGGGCUAAGGAGGGCAGAGAGUGACAUCCAUUUGAAUAAACCACCAGAGAGAACUGGGUUAACAAGACAAGGUGCUGUGAAGGUCAAGAACAUGGCCAGCAGUAAGAGAACUAGCAGUAUAAGCAGUAACAGCAAUAUUUCACGAGUUCUAGAGCAGAAGAACGUUGAGAUUGUGGAAAAAGAUGGUAAGAAAGAUGAAGAAGAGACACCAGUUAAAAUCAGACAAGGUCCCCCGACAGUACCGCCCAUGGAACAGAAAACGGAGAGUAAGGGACAUAUGCCAUCGAUAACGUGGUCUGUGGCAGCGACGAGAGAGAAGUUUGAGUUGCUUUGUGCAGUGACCGGAGAAAACAAGGCCGGGAAACUCACCACCAAAACUCCAAUCUCUCGCAGAAGGUCAGUGAGAGUGUCACAAAAGAGACGAAGGACUCAGGAGAACAUGUCACCAAGACGACUAGGAACCAACAGACGGUCCUUCAUAGGCACUGAUACGACUUCUGGCAGCCAAGAGGACGACCAGGUACCACUACAGCAAACGACCACGGUGCAGGAAGCCAGGAAGGUGUUUGAGAGUCACCACACCACCACCAACACCACCACCACCACUAUCACCACCACCACCCCCACGGACACGGAAGAAAGUGAUUACCCACAAAAGGAGAAGCUUAAAGAGAAGAAAUCGCCUUUAAAGAGAACUCAAAAUGUGCUUCAUGAUUCUCCUGACACCACCAUCAUCACCACCACACCACAGAGGGUUAAGCCUGCCACCACAGUCUCCACCACCACAGCCACCACCACAAAGGAUCAUGAUGUUGUGAUCUGCUGGCGAGGACCCUAUAUGGCACAGCUACAAAAACAGAGUGACAAUAACAACACGAAGAGGAAAGCCAUAUUGCCGGUUAUAAUGGAGGAGUCCGAACAAGCAGUACUAAACAACAUCAGCAACGCGUUCCUGGCAAAGAGGCGACUACUGACGAAGGAGGUGACCACAGCAAGGCUACAGGAGCGACUCGACCUGCUGGAGGAGAGACUGUGGGAGCUGCAGGCGAGACUGGCGACGGAGGAGGAGACGGUGGGAGGGGACAGGAGAAGCGUGGAGCGUGCCAUAAGAUCAGUGGAGGAGGAAGUGUCCCAUCUGUACUCAAGACUGGCGGUGGUGACCAAGGAAGCAGAGCAGGCGAGGGAGAAACUAGCAUCCGCCUUAGCAACGGGUCUCUCACAAUGGUCAGAGCACCCAUUGGCUUUCACCCCUCGUACCAGCUUAACCCGACGAGGCAGAGGGGAGCGGAGGAAAGUAAAGAAGGCGAAUAAUGAUGAGGAUGAGGAAGAAGAUAGGAGGGAAGAGGAAGAGGAAGAAGAAGAAGAGGAGGAGGAGGAGGAGGAGGAGGAAGUAAUUGAAAAAGGAGAGGAUUAAAGGCAUAAAGGAAGGAUGAGGGACAGAAAAGAGGAGGAAGAAAGAUAUUUAGUUUGAUGAAAAUAACGAGAAGGAAAUUAAAUAAGAGGAAUAGAAAAGAGGUAGAUGAUAAUGGGAAGGGAAGGAAUAGAAGAUGAUUGUGGUUUGAUGAAAGUGUGUUAAAAGAGAUAUUUGAUAGAUGAAGAGGCAGAAAGAGAUGAAGAAAUGAAGGAACAGCAUGAGAAAAGAAAAAGAAGGGAAGGAAAAGAGGAGAGGGAGUUACUGUGAUGAGUAGAAAAGGAAACAGGAACAGAAGGAAAAGAUGGAUGACAAGGAAUAAGAUAAAAUUUGAUGACAGGAAAAAGAGUGAGGAAUGAACAGCAAGAGAAGGAGGAGAAAAAAAAAAUAGUAGUAAAAAGAAGAGAAAAAAUACGAAAAUAAGUCUGAGAAAUAAAAAAAAACAUGAAACAGAAGAAUAAUUAAGAAAAACUUGAUGAUUUUUUGGUAAGAAGAAAUAGAUAAAAGAAAAAAACAGUAUUAUGAAGAAACUAAGCAUAUGAAGCAAUACAUAAACAAACAUUGACAAUUGAUGAAUGACAAAUAUUGAAACCUGAAACAGUAACAUGAAGAAAAGAAAAUAAACAAAGAACUGAAACCAAAGAACGAUUGAAGUAGUUUUUUUUUUUUUUGAUAAUUAAUAAACACACCUAUUAAUAAUUAUGAAAAAAUAAUGAUUCUCCACUGUUUUGCAUUUUCUAAUUUAUCAACCACUAUAUAUAUGUAUGUAUGUAUGUAUGUUUGUAUGUAUGUAAAUCUAGUGUACAUGUAAAUAUAUAAACCACACAUACUUUAUCAAUGUAAACAUAUUCCUCAGUGUAUUUACAAGUGUAUGAUUGAACAUAUGUGUAAUUAUUGUUAAAGAUUAUAUUUGAUCGAUUCUUCA